CAGAAAGAGAAGUAGAGAGACAGACAGGAAGCUAUGGUUUCAUUCUUAAAUCUAUAUCACUUUAAAAAAAGAAAUUGAAAUAGAAAGAAAAACAAUACAGACAAUUGAGAGAAAAAAUGAGAGCAACAAAAUAAAUAGGUGGAUAGCCAACACAUUGGUAGAGUUUACUGAACCAGACAUAUUCUGACAUCUGUAGAGGGCAACAAAGAGAGUGAGGUGUGAUUUUAGAGGUGUAACUCUAGCAUUGCUUUACUGCAAGAACUUACGAGAUUCAUACAUAGACAUUCAUUUGAUUUUAGGAAAUAAUUUAGUUUUAGAGAGACAAGUUGGUGAAAGAGAAAAGCAAGUGGAUUAAAACAAGUCCCAUCAAAAACCAAACCAUGUUGGUAAAAGAAUACCGAAUAUGCAUGCCUCUUACUGUGGAUGAGUAUAAAAUCGGCCAGUUGUAUAUGAUCAGCAAGCACAGCAGUGAACAAAGCGGAGGAGGUGAAGGGGUGGAGGUGGUCCGUAAUGAACCUUGCACAGACCCCACAUGCGGAGCUGGUCAGAUCACAGAGAAACGCAUCUACCUCAACAGCAAACUGCCUGCCUGGAUGAGAAGGUUUGUUCCCAUGGCUUUUUAUGUGACAGAAACGGCUUGGAAUUUCUACCCUUACACAAUAACAGAGUACACGUGUUCCUUCCUACCGAAGUUCCACAUCAGGAUAGAGACACGCUUUGAGAAUGACAACGGGUGCACAGAAAAUGUGUUUGGUGAUAACCCCACACCAAAAGGCAAUGUCUGCUUUUUGGAUAUCUUGAGUGAUCCAAUCCCUGACAAGCAUUACAAGCAAUCGGAGGAUCUGAGCAACUGGGUGUCAAAGAAAACAGGCCGGGGACCCCUAGUGGAUGGCUGGAAGAACAUCAACAAACCUAUUAUGUGCUCCUACAAGAGAGUCACCUGUAGCUUUGAGGUCUAUGGCUUCCAAGGAAGGACCGAGGAGUUUGUUCACAGGAACAUUCGUGACAUUCUUUUGGUGGGACACAGACAAGCCGUGGCAUGGAUUGAUGAUUGGCAUGGAUUGACACUUGAAGAGGUCAGAGAGUAUGAGAGAAAACUGCAGGAGGAAACCAACAGCAAACUGAAGAGUGAUAUAAACUGCACAGACUCUGCUCAAUCAGUGCACCACAUCUUCACUCGCUCCAUCUCUGUUAAUGAUGAAUCGUCACUGAAAAAGUUGGGGAUAAAGACUUUGGACAUUGAAGACUCUUCAUCCUGCCCACCCUCUAUCAAAAGUCCUUUGAGAUUAAAUUCCAACCCGGAGUAACAGCCCUCAACCCGUCUUCCCACCCUCACCCCUCAACAAGUCUACCAUUCUGGAUUUAUCAUAACCACUGACAGUAUUACUUCUUGAAACCAUUCAUUCAUGAGAUAAUUUAUCAAAAUUCUCUUGACUUGGACUUUCUCUUCCUGCAUCUAUAAAACGUAUAGGGAGACAUUCCACAUCGUCUACUAAAAAUAUGACACUCUUCUCUUAAUUCCCUCAGAACUUGUAUGCAUGGGCACCAUCCAGAGGUUGACAUUUUGCCAAAUUCUCACUUUACAACAGUAAAAGGGCUGAACUGGAAGCAAUACUCCCACCUCACAAAACGGAAUAUAAUGUAAUAAUAGAUAUAACAUAAUAGUGGUACUGGUUCCACAUGGAGUGAAACCAUAUUUCUUAAGGUCAAUAUAUAUAUUCACUUCUCUCACAGACAAGCCCUCCUCAACAAAAUAGCAAACCUGUGGACUCAGGAAGUGGUUUAUUCCAUGGACUAUGAACAUGAAGUGGACCACAGACCCAGCUGAGCACAGAAUGAAGAUGAACAGCCUCAAUUAAUCUCAAGAGACAACCUUUAGCCUGCUUCAAUGAGACACUGUCAUAUGGAUUAUGGCAAAUGUGAGUGGCUAGCCAAAAUUUCAAGUGGGUUACUGGUACAGAGGUUAACCUUUAACCCUGCAUCAAUACAUUGAUAGAACGUAAUUGAGUGUUGUCACAAAGUACACAUUGGGAACAUUAUCAGUAGUACUCAUGGUGAGUAUUACUGGAUUGGGCAUUACUGUAUGAGGCUGAUACUACACCAGCCUUUAAGCAGUAAUAUGACAUUGGUUUUAUUCUGUAUUUUUCUCUUG